CAUGUGAGUCUUUAAAUGAAAGUUCGAUAUUUUUGUGUUUUUUUUUGCAAUAAAAAUGACAUUUCAAAGAUUUUGUCAGAGAUAAAUAUGUACCGUUGAAAACAUGGAGGCAAUGCUGCAAAAUAGAUUCGAAGGAUCAAUUUUCUUUGUCUAUGAUCGUCAUUUCCUGCAGAAAGAAGAGGACCUCCUGGAGGAUGCGAUCAUUUAUUUUUAUCCACAUUCUAUGCCAAUAGACAACCAGUGUAGAUUAUGUGGUCAGCUAAUGGGUCUCGUUCAGUUCACUGAUUCAGUGUUCGGUUCAUGCCCAGCGUUAUUUCGGUUCGACAAUGAAAAAAUUGCAGUCAAACAUGUUGGAAAAUAUUCAUUAGCAUUGGCAGGGAAUUCAUUUGAACCAGAUUCAGCUUUACUAGCCACGGUUGAUAGAUUAUAUUUCCUCUUUGCAUUCUAUCAUGGAUCUAUUAACCAAGUGGAAUUGGAAUGUGACAAUGACAGGGAAAAAUUCAUCCCAGAAAUUCAUGUGAUUUGGGAACAAUAUUUAGCAUUUAUCCGCAAUUAUGGUGACAAUCUUCCUUCAGUAUUCAAUCCUAUUUCAUACCUACCUUUGAAGAACGUAAGGAAAUGUGAAAAAAGUUUUUUUAUGAAUUCAUGGUAUAAAACUAUCUCAAUAUCUUCUUUCCAGGAUUUGAAUUUUUACUUUUUAAAAGCAUCACACAUCUUGGAAUCUUGUCAGCGUCGACCACAGAUUAUUGCUGGAGCGAUACUUUAUAAUAGAUUUAUUCUGUGCAGUCAUUUAACAGACCCAAUAACAAGAUGUCUCUUAUUACUAAAACCAAAUCAGGAACAUCAUCCAGCGAUGCCAAUUGAAACAGGUUACCAACUACCAUUUGGUGUUCGGCUGUUCAAUGUGUAUUUGACAAGAAAUGACUUGACAGAAAUUCUGGUAAACAAUGAAAACUCUCCUUAUCAAUCUCCAUCUGAAGAACCAUUUUGUUGUUGCUGCAGUGAAAACAAAACACCGAGGAGUAGAACUCCCAGAAUGCAUAUCAGGAAAGUUGGUUCAACCACACCUCAACCUAAAGUUGAGUUAACCCAGAGUGAGAAAGAUCCGCUGCAUUCAUCAGAUAAUUCCAGUUCAAAGCUUUGUAAAGCGAUGUUGGAAGAUUUAUUAUUGAAAGGUUUUAGAUGUUGCAAGUGUAUUGAAGAAACUGAUGGAGAAUUGGAAGAAGGGAGUUCGUUUGGUGAUGAAAGUGUUUCUGAAUGCAAGGAAAACAAGAGGAGUCAAGAAAAUGCGUUGAUACCUUCCACAGAAGAUAGGAAUUGUAACAAUAUAGAAGAGGCAAUAGAAGAGUGUUCUAGGAACUCUGCUGAUUCUAGCCAACCUCAGCUUUCUCAGAAUUCUGUUGUGGAAGCUGAAAGUGGUAUCGAGGUUACAGGGAGUGAUUUUCACAGCAGCGCUGCAACAAAUCUUGAUCAACCGUCUGCUAGUUUCUCUUACGUGAAAUAUCAAGAGAAAAGUCGGAAUUUUAGCGGAUGUUGUGAAACAGAAGAAACAGAUAAGAUUGCAAGUCACUUGGAGGGCAAACACGAUAUCAGGGGAGAGCAAAAUGACCUGGAAUAUGCUGACAAGGAACCAACGAAACAUUCGUCGAAUAAUGAGUUGAUUAAUCGCGAUUAUGAUAUUGUUAAUUUACCCCAAAACGAGCAGAAAGAUGAGGAUAAUACCUCGUAUGACUCGGACCAUGUUACUGCGGGAGAAGAGGGAAGGGAAUGUUUUGGUAAAGCGCAUGCUAACGCAGAUGAUGUUAAUUCAACUGUUUCAGAGGAUGAGGAAGCAGAACGUAUGAAAUAUGAUCAGUUGAGCAAAGCUUGCAAUACUGGAAAAGAAAACGACCUCAUGGAACGGAGGAAAUUGUCCAACAAUGUUGAUUCUUCAUUGAAGAACCAUGUUUUAAGUGAAGAGCAAGAUGGUGUUAUAAACAAACAAUCAACAGACUGUAUGCCUCGCGAGGUUACUAAUCAAAGAUUAAAUGCUUUGACGCUUGAGGAACCAUAUCAGUUAUCAUCAUCCGAAGAUAGUUAUAGAACGCCAGAUGAAAUAUUGGAUACAGAGGAACCUCUUGAUGGAUUGGAUGGGAUGUAUGAUACAGAGGAGGAGCUUUGCGAAGGACAGUGGAUGAACAAUGAGGAUAUAGACGCUCUUCUUGAUGAAGACGAGGAGGGUCUGGUACAUGUUUGUAAACUUGGGAUGAAUAGGGACAUUGAGUGUCAGGGUGUUGAUAAAAGGCAAGAUGAAGAAUAUAGCAACAAGUGUCAGCAGAAUGAAUGUCAUGGACAGUGUUGUGAGGUUGAUGGAUUGAUUCACGCUAAUCUGUUUGUUCAAGCACAUUCAGAAAUAGUUCUAAUUCUUCUCGCAAAAUGUGACCUUUAUCAGAAUGAAGACACCGUGAAAUCUUUGUGGAGUUCAUCUCUAUCACAGCUCGGUGAACUCGACAUUUUGAUGAAGAAUUCGGCAAAACAUAUUUAUCAGGAUGCCCAAGUGCCGUUCAAUUUAUUAAUUUACGAUAAUUUUGAGAAAACCAUGUCAGGUAAUCUACGAGAGCCCGUCUUUGCACCAGAUCAUGUGUUUUGCGAAGCAGCUAAAACUUUGCACAACCAUUUCAAGAAUGCUCCGCAGCUGGGAGACGUUACUUUGAGGAAUUUCCUUUGUGGCAUUUACGGUGAGCGAACACUUUCACGAGAAACCUAUUUUCAAGAAUCUGUAAAUAACUCUUCGUCAAAUUGGGCACCGAAUAUUACUGGAUAUUUGGCUGAAAAAAUGAGAGAAUAUAUUGUGAAGGAUGGUUUGCCGUUUGUUUAGUAGAUGAGGAGAUUUAUCGGGACACAGAUCACCGCUUUAAAAAAUGGCGGUCAAUUUCUUAUGGGUAAUAAUUACGUUCCGCGCUGGUAAAAGUGUGAUAUUUAAUGUAUAUUAUCAGUUUCAUAAAUGAUAAAGUAAAAUUCCUAAAUAUAAGAAAAGAUUGUGUAUUUUGUAGGGUUUUUUCUUUCCCUGAUAACUGUGAGUGUUGAUCUAAAGUUUGUUAUGUUUAGCCUGGAAUCCAGGUAAUCAAGUUAAUCCAAUUAAUCAAGUAAAUCCUGGUAAUCAAAGGAAUGGCUGCGAAUCCUGGUCCGCGAGGUCACAAAAAUAACUUGAUUACAUGGAUUUACUUGAUUACUAGGAUUUACCAGAUUACUAGGGCUUUCCAUAAUACUGAGAUUGUAAGAUUAGUAUAAUAGUUUUAGAUCUAC